CGCGCCGAGGGCGUGGCCUGGGAUCCCCGGGGAGGGGAGGGCUCCGGGUGUCCUUGGGUUGAGAGGGGAGGUGACAUCGCCGAAGAAGAGGACGCACAAUGAGGGCCCUGCGGGUCUCCCAGGCGCUGGUUCGCUCUUUCAGCUCAACUGCCCGGAACCGCUUCCAGAACCGAGUGGCUGAGAAACAGAAACUCUUCCAGGCGGACAAUGACCUCCCGGUGCACCUGAAGGGCGGGGGAACGGACAACAUCCUGUACCGAGUGACCAUGGGGUUGUGUCUGGGGGGCACUGCCUAUAGCCUGUACUUCCUUGGCUGGGCCUCCUUCCCUCAUAAGAAGUGAGACCAAGAAGCCUGGAGAACCUGAACAAGCAUCAAUAAAUGUGCUGGCUUUUUGGGGAACCCA